UGUUCAUUAAAAACAUCCCAACAAGACUUUUCCUCAGGAAACAUGGAAAUCCCUGUGUGGAAAACGAGUGAUUGCUGCAGCACAGCACUUUCUCCUUUACUUCUCUUUUAUUUCUCUUUUUGAAAACAUCAGAGUCAGCAGCAGCUUGCCUUUAUCGUAUUUUACUGCUGUGCAUGGACAGAAUUUCACACGGCCGGCUUCUGAGGUAAUAAAGAGGAUGACGCAAAGCCAUUUGCUCCACCAUCCCUGCACAGGCCAACCUCAUCAUGGUCAACUGCACCACCCAUCCCCCCUCUGUUAGUUAACUGCCUGUCCAUUGGUGGAUGAGCUGGCUGUAAACUACACCAGGUCUGCUAAUUAAUUAAUGGACCCUAACUGCAAGGCUGGCUCCCUCCUUUAUACUGGAGCAUUUUUCAACUGGCUGCAGUGGUGACUGUCUGUGUGUCUGUGUGUGUGUGUGUUUGUCUUUAGGAUGGAGGAAUUAUUUGUUGUGUUUUAGGUACAAAAGCAACAGAUACAGGGGGCAGAGGAACAGACAACUGUAGAUAGCCUUCACAGUCAAUCAACUUUAGUGGCCAUUAUUGGUCCUGUCCUGUAAACGGCGCCAGUGGAGGCAGGUGGGCAGACAGAGGAAGAAGCAGACAGCAAAAAGGAUAAGGGAAGAGGAGUCAGGGUGGCUGCAGGGAGACAGAAGGGGAGAGAAUGGUUGGGGAACAGCCAGUGUGCCCACCUCAGCUCCUUCUGCGGGGCUGGGGAGCAGUGCUGCUGUCUCAGUGCCUGUCCUCCGUGGUCUCCCAGGUCCCGGAUCCAGCGCUUUUACCCACAGAUCCUCCAAAGAAGCCAGACCCCGUCACUUCAGAGACCGUUGUUUUCUGGGGGCUGCGGUUGUGGCAGGUCAUCGGCAUCUUUUCUGUGUUUGUGCUGGCGAUCAUCAUCACUCUGUGUUGUAUAUUCAAAUGUCGAAUUCCAAGAACUAAAAAAGAAAUAGAGGCACGGCAUGCACAGCGACAGGCUGCCAAAAAAUAUGCCAACACACUGGAGACAGUGCCACCGCUGAAUGAGCUGACUGAGAUACCAGGAGCUGCAAAAGCAGAGGAAAAAGAAGAGGUAUCAACAGUGUCUGGAAAAGUGGAUAGUGAAAAAGGAGAAAAGAAGAGCAAGAAAGAGAGCAAGAGUGCCAAAGAAGGGAAAGGAAAUGAAAAGGAAGAGCCGGCAAAGAAAAAGGGGGAGAAAGGUGAAACGGGAGCAUCCAAGAAGGAAGGAGGAGAUGAAAAAGCAAAGAAGGGUGACACAGGAGGCAAAGGAGGGGGUAAAGGCGGAGGCAGGAAGUCUCAAAAGUGAACUAAAAUUACAUUUUACACAAGAAACAUUCCAGACACUUUGUCUUUUUUUUUCUAAAAUAGAAUUUGUACAAUUAUUUAUUUAAAAUUAAAACUUCUAUAUAAAUAUGAAAAUUCUGUUUUUUGUCUUUAAUUUGGAUUCAGAGACUGAAAGUCAUGAAUUAAAGAUUUAUUGUCUUAUUUAUGAAUUACUGAUGAACAUAAGUCUUCUAAAACAUCAUUACACCAGAAAUAAAUGAUGAGGAGGUGAGGUGUGCAUCAGCACACACUGCUGGCAUGCUGAAGUCUUUAUAGCGAUUUACAAUUAUCAGCUCAGCUGAUUCUUGAGAGAGAAAAAAAACACAUAUUAUGCGUCCAUAAGCUCUGUGAUCAUUUAUUACUUUCAAAACAAAUGACACGAUUUUCCACUCAGAGCAGAAUACUCAAUUAAAGAGAAAUAGUGUUCAAAUACUAUUUUCUAAUGACUGAUUCUCGUCUCUGAUGCUGACUGAUCUCUCUGUAGUCGUCAUACGGGUUUCUCUAUUUGGCUGAGGAAUACAAUAAAUGUCAGCUAAAUAUUCUGGAUUAUAUAUCCAUAAAAGCAUAAUUUAAAUGGCAUUUAAUACAAAACCUUUUAAGUAAUUGUUAUGUUGUGUUAUGAUUAUUUUCCCAAAAAUUGCAAAACUCAAAAAAGGAAUAAAGCGGAAGAUAUUUUAAAUAAAAUACAAGUUUAAUGUGAU